UUGUGUCUUCUUUUAAAGUAACGAUGUCAUAUCUCCUGGUCUUGUGACUUGUGAUUAACAACGAAGAGGCAUUAAAGCGCAUUAUGAAGAUGCGAUGUGUUUUUAGCAAGUCUAUCUUGUAAGUACAAAUGAUUCGUUCAUCGCUCACAUUUGGAUCGAUACAUGCGUACAUACGAACAGAAGUGUUUAAAUCUUCGACAUACUGUACAAAACGCUGUAGUACAGUAUAUCAAGGUGUAUGCCAUAGGCUAGCUGGAGAGGCAAACGAGGACGAGGGUGGAAUAGUGUUUUUUUUUUCGUAUACUGUACGUGUGAAACUAGCAAUGUAAAAAAAGGAACAGCACCCAAAGCUACCAAGGUAUCUAAUGUUGCCGGGGUUAGUAUUUGAAUGUGAUAAGCUCUGGGUAUUCCUUUUUAUUAAAUAACGCAUUCAGGAGGCUGAGAACUGACGUCAGAUAGCGCCUUUAAAUAUUUAUCAUCAGCUCUUCGCUGCUGCAAAGGCAUUCUUGGGAACUUUGAGGGAGCAGAAGCUGAAAUGCACGGCCUUUAAGAUCUGAAAUCUUGCAAAAGCACUCAGAUUGAGAAGGAAGGAGUGCGCAUUACACCACAUUGGUUUAAAUGCGUAUAACAAAGAAGCAGUAAUAAAUCGUCGUGAACUUAAAAAGUGGAUUUCUGAAGUUUCCCAAAAGGAUAAUUAUUUUAUGAAAAUCUAUAAGGGGAUGUCCGUGAACUGAAUGAACCAAGGAAGUACAAGAAUAUCGCUGGACUGCACAGAAUUGAUACAGGAUUUUGAGUGGCUUUGAGUGACUCGAUUGCUGCGUAAUGUACAAAUCUCAGAUUGUCAUGUAUUGUCAUUUUACCUAACUUAAGGAGAAAUUGCUUGAUCUCACAGACACGAAAUGCCUUGGCAGGUGGCGCCGUGUGGCAAACCGGCCACUUCGAGACCUCACACCGGUCCGUUACGGAAGAAUUCUGUCACUUUAUCACGGCUAGAUUAAAUUGCCCGACUCCUGUAUACCGCCUUGGUACUUCUGGAUCUUUCAACAUAAGCGUUUUUUGGAAUACUGCUUGAUCCUACAGAUGUCCCAGAAAAACGUAGGAGCCCAGGAAAGAUCCAAAAGCAAAAACAUGCAACGUCUUAAUCCAUGGAGACAUGGCAUAUAGGUUCACCAGCCGACUCGUGCCAUCUUCAAAUAGGUUAACCAGAAGAUUUCUUUUUAUAUUCACGCUUUCCUUGUCGUUUACUUAUUUAUGCUACAGUCUCAUAUUCUGUUCUGAUACCAUCAUGCAAAGCCAGCGUUAUGAAGAGCACAGGUGCCUCCUAUCCCAAAAUGUAGGGAGCAAAAAACUUCUGCAAAAAUCCCACUAUUGCACUUUGCCGGUAGACUCCAAGGCGAUCCGGGAUGCGACCUCGAAUUUGGGUUUGACUCGCCAGGGAACAAGCCCAGUUCAUAACCAAAGCAAAAACUUUGCAGCCUUCCUCAGUACUCCGCGGAGUUUCGGCACGGCAGAGCGGAGGUCGAAUAAUUCUGGCACCCCGAAAUUUGGAAACAAGAAAUUGCCGAAUGCGAUCAUUGUCGGCGUUAAAAAAGGUGGAACCAGGGCUGUACUCGAGUUCAUUAGGGUGCACCCAGAUGUGCGAGCAGUUGGCACGGAGCCGCAUUUCUUCGAUAGAAACUAUGACAGAGGUUUAGACUGGUACAGAAGCCUCAUGCCAAGGACUCUGGACAGCCAGAUCACCAUGGAGAAAACUCCCAGUUAUUUUGUAACCAGGGAGGCUCCCAGACGCAUCUUCAAUAUGUCUAGGGACACCAAGCUAAUAGUGGUGGUGCGUAACCCUGUGACCAGGGCCAUCUCGGACUACACCCAAACCCUGUCAAAAAAACCCGACAUUCCCAGCUUCGAGGCCCUGGCCUUCAAGAACAGAAGCCUGGGGCUGGUGGACACCUCUUGGAAUGCCAUCCGCAUCGGAAUGUAUGCGUUCCAUCUGGAGAACUGGCUGCAGUACUUCCCCCUCUCGCAGAUCCACUUUGUGAGCGGGGAGAGGCUCAUCACCGACCCUGCCGGAGAGCUGGGGAGAGUGCAGGACUUCCUUGGCCUCAAGCGGAUCGUGACCGACAAGCACUUCUAUUUCAACAAGACGAAAGGGUUCCCCUGCCUCAAAAAGCCGGAGAGCAGCAGCUUACCCCGCUGCCUGGGCAAGUCAAAGGGAAGAACGCAUGUCCAGAUAGACCAAGAAGUCAUCGAGCAGCUCAGAGACUUUUAUAGACCAUAUAAUAUCAAAUUUUACGAAAUGGUAGGACACAACUUUAGGUGGGACUAGAUUCAUGUGGUUUGGAAGCUUACUCGUAUGCACCAUGCAGAAGAAAGAUAAAGCAAAGUCUUCCUUAAGUAUUGGCUGUCUUGGUCGGACCUCUACUCUGCCUGCAUGAGUGUAAGCCAAUUGAUGGCUUGUAAGUUAAGCAACGGUUCAGAUAUGCAUUAUAAGUCUUCUGGUGCAACCAGUUUUUGAAUUAAACAGUCCAGAUAUUUGCUAGAAGAUUAAAUGGGCUAACAAGCUGUGGUUUUAAUGUAAUUGAUUGGUCUAAGUUCAUCUUACAAUCAAGGAUAUUCCAGUACUGCAAGGUAAAGUACAUUCUCCUGCUGAAGAGCGACAUACCCUUCACAUCAUAAGACACAUUUUUUUCAUGGUUUCCGAGAUAUAACUAUUAAUAAAUUGACAAAGAUUGGAAUUUUGACCUCUGGAUCCUUCCAUCGUCAAGAGGAAGUUAUUACAGCUGCUUAUUAAUCAGUACAGAAUUUUGUUGUUUACCAUGAACCUCUGCUGUUGUAUCACAAUUUGUGCACUGUAACAUUCGUUAUUCAGGCAACUAGACUGCAAAUCAAAGGCCUUUCACAUUUUUGACCAAUCCCCAAAAACAAAAACUAGAAUUGGCACUGUAAGUUAAAGUGCUUUGAAAAAAGUACCUUUAUUUCCGAAGAGGUAAAUAAUUAAAUAAUAUAGCCAUGAAAAUGGUGAUGUAUGCUUGAAAACCUGUCUCAGAUUUUAUUGUAUUGUAACAAUAUUUUGUCCUGUGAAUAAAGCACAGAUUUAUGCCAU